AGGUGUUAGUUUUAGUCUUCCAAGUUCUGACAGAAACCCAUAAAAGCAGGUCCCUUUUUACACUAAAAACUGACCCCAUCACGUGAUCUCCUCCUCCCCCUCUCCCACCAAUGUCAUAUGUUCGUUGAAGUUCCCUCUUCUCUCUGAACAGCUGUUUUCUUUGACACUCUUUCGAGCCUUCAAUUGCUGCCCUUGGAAGGCGCAUCUGCGUAAGCCCCAGAUCUGCCUCUGCAGGGAAGGGCAAAUGGGUGUUAUUUCCCGGAAGAUUUUCCCAGCAUGUGGGAAUAUAUGCAUAUGCUGCCCUGCUCUGAGGUCAAGAUCUCGACAACCAGUCAAGCGUUACAAGAACCUGCUGGCUGACAUCUUCCCGAGAUCACCUGAUGCCCCCCCAAAUGAGCGGAAGAUUGUGAAGUUAUGUGAAUAUGCUGCGAAAAACCCUUUCAGGAUCCCAAAGAUUGUAAAGUUUCUGGAAGAAAGGUGCUGCAAAGAAUUGCGCUCUGAGCACAUCAAGUUCAUUAAUAUAAUCGUGGAAGCUUACAGCAAGUUGCUUUGCAUGUGUAAAGAGCAAAUGGCAUAUUUUGCAAUCAGUAUACUGAAUGUUGUUAAUGAACUGUUGGAUAAUCCCAAGCCACAGCAAAAUGCAGUGCAGAUAAUUGGCUGCCGGGCCUUAACUAGGUUUAUUUACAGUCAGGUAGAUGGAACUUAUACAUAUAAUAUUGAAAAUCUGGUUCACAAAGUAUGUAAACUAGCUCGCCAGUCUGGAGAAGAGGAUGAAAAGCGCUGUUUGAGAGCAUCAAGCUUGCAAUGCCUUUCAGCCAUGGUCUGGUUCAUGGCAGAGUUCUCUCACAUCUUUGUUGGUUUUGAGGAGAUUGUGCAUGUCACUUUAGAUAACUAUGAGUCAGAGAGACAAAAUGAAGAUGAUGAUGAAAGAGGGGGGGCAAAUCAUAAUUGGGUGGAUGAAGUGGUUAGAUGUGAAGGAAGAAUUGGUGCUGGUGCUGGUGUUGGUACAGAAGUCUCUAGCUGCACAAUUGUCAGACUUCGACCAGAAAAGAAAGAUCCUUCCCUUUUGACCAGUGAUGAGAUUGAGACACCAAAAGUGUGGGCGCAAAUAUGUAUCCAAAGAAUGGUUGAAUUGGCCAAAGAAACUAUAACUAUGCGGCGUGUACUGGAUCCAAUGUUUCUGUACUUUGAUACCAGGCAGUGCUGGGUUCCUCGUCAUGGAUUGGCAGUAAUCAUUUUAUCUGAUAUAUGCUACUUUGUCGAAGGUUCAGGGAUCCGGCAGUUUAUUUUGACUUCUGUGAUUCAUCAUUUGGACCACAAAAAUGUUUCUCAAGAUCCUCAAGUUAAAUCUAACAUCAUCCAAACUGCUACUUAUUUGGCCCAGCAAAUUAGAUCCGAAGCUGUACUCUCAGAUAUUGGAUUCAUUAGUGACCUAUGCAGGCAUCUGAGGAAAAGUCUUCAAGCAUCUGUUUUAUCAGUUGGAGAACAAGAGUUAAACUUGAAUAUAUCACUCCAAAAUGAUAUUGAAGAUUGCUUAUUCGAGACCGUCAAAGGGAUAGCUGAUGCACGGCCACUAUUUGAUAUGAUGGCAAUAACGCUGGAGAAGCUACCAUCUAUUAUAGAUGUUGUCAGGGCAACAAUUGUAUCACUGAUCAUUCUUGCUCAUGUUGUUUCAUCAACAUAUGUCUCUCCACUUUCACAGCAGGUGUUUCCAGAGGCACUUCUUAUUCAACUUUUAAAGUUGAUGUUGCAUCCCGACAUUGAAGUACGUGCUGGAGCACAUCAAUUAUUCUCUGCUAUUCUCAUUCCAAGUUCUAAUUAUCCACGGCGUGAUGUUUCUAACUUUCCAAGGAGAUGGCACUCCAGUACAUCGUCUGCCUUUGCUUCAGUUACAGCUCUACUUAAAAGGCUCCAGAAAGAAAGGAGUGGAACUAGAACAGAAAAUCACGGGAUUAGUGUUCAAGAUGACAUUAAAGAAAGGGAAGAUGCUGAAGAAUGGAAGCAGGCUCGAGCUCUCAAGAAUUCCCCUAAUUUUCUCAAAAUAAGUUCUAUUAUUGACAAGACAGCUGGAUCAACCAGUUUGACUGGGGUUGAACCAUCUGUCAUGAAAUUUAGCGAGGAUCAAGUAGCCCAGUUGUUGUCAGCCUUUUGGAUACAGGCUAAUCUUCUUGAUAAUCUUCCUUCAAAUAUUGAAGCUAUUGCUCAUUCUUACUGCUUAAUGCUUAUUUCUUUACGCCUUAAGAAUUCCGAUAACAACCUGGUGGUCCGCAUCUUUCAGCUGCCUCUAUCACUAAGGAGUAUGGCAUUGGACCCUAGCAAUGUUAUGUGGCCUCCAGCAUACCAGAGAUUAAUUCUUAUAUUAUCAACAGCAAUGUUGGCAUUUGCAGCAAAGAUCUAUCAAAUUCCUGAUAUAAUUGAUUCAGUCAAGCCCAUAGUUGAAUGUGAUGUUGAUCCCCAUGUAAGCAUCAAUGAUGAUUACCAACUAUGUAUCAAACCUCAGGCAGAUGUCAGGGCAUAUGGAUCUGUCACUGAUAAUCAAGCAGCUGCAUCUUUACUUUGUGAUUUGCAGAACACAAUCUAUAAAAGUGACAAGAUUGUUUUGGAUAGUUUAGCAAAUAGUUUAUCCAGCAUUACCGAGCUGGAGGCAGAUGAGCUAGUUAACCUGCUUUCGGAACCGUUCACACCUGAUGAUGCAUUCAUGUUUGGUCCUCAUUCUGUACUGGAUCUGGAUCGCAUUGGACAUUCCAACGAAUCUCUUUCUUGUGAUGGGGAUUUUCUGACAAAUUCAGUUGGAGAGGAUGAUGUGGCUAGUGAAUCUUCUGCUGUUGAGCUCUCUCGGUUCAUCCCCAAGACACCAAAAUCACCUUUGACAUCUCAGAUUAUUAGCAUUGGGCAGCUUAUGGAAUCGGCGCUCGAGGUAGCUGGUCAGGUGGCUGGGGCAUCUGUUUCAUCAACACCCCUUUCGUACAGCGCCAUGGCCAGUCACUGUGAUGCUCUUGGCACUUGUACAAGAAAGAAGCUCUCAAGUUGGUUGACCGAUGGAAGUCAGUACACCAAUACAUGCAAAAAACUGCCUUUGCUUUCCCAAGAUGUGCGCUCUGAAACAAUCAAGGUGAAUAAUGGAGAUGGAACUGUGCCGGGAUCAAUGGUGGCGAUGGACCCGUGGUUGGCUCUACGGCUGCCUCCUGCCAGCCCUUUCGACAACUUCCUCAGAGCGGCUAGGUAUUAAGAAGAGGAAGAGGAAGGGGCUGUAUGCCGUCUGUUUGUGUAUCUGAAUGUAUGUAUAGUCAGUCUAUCAGCUGUUUAGGAUGUUUUAGCAGCAGCAGCCCAGCUUAUGAGUCCACUCAAUUCACAUUUCUGGCUUUCCAUUGCCUGUUCUAUCAUCACUUGCAUUGUUUGGAUCUCUCUCUCUAUAUCUAUCUAUCUAUCUAUCUAUAUUGCUAUUA